CUGCUCACCGGGGACUCGCUUCUUCUUUCUGAUGGCUGCAUCCCCUCCCCCGCCUCCUGGGCCCUGCCAGCAUCCCCCUGCCUCAGAAGCACAGCCCCUUCUCCCGACCCCAGUCCUCCCAACCCGAAGGGCCACCGGGGCAAAGGGUCACCGUGCAGCGCCGUGUCCUGGGCCCAGCCUCCCCACCAGGCCCAGGCCCAGCCGCCCCUCGGGCAGGACACCCUGGCUGGACGGCUGAGCCCCGCUGACCCUGACUCUCCCUCCUGCAUCUUCUCCCUGCCCUGCAGAAGCGCAACAGAGCCAUCACGGCCCGCAGACAGCACCUGAAGAGCGUCAUGCUCCAGAUCGCGGCCACGGAGCUGGAGAAGGAGGAGAGCCGCCGGGAGACGGAGAAGCAGAGCUACCUGACCGAGCACUGCCCGCCGCUGCACAUUCCCGGCUCCAUGGCCGAGGUGCAGGAGCUCUGCCAACAGCUGCACGCCAAGAUCAACGUGGCCGAGGAGGAGAAGUACGACAUGGAGGUGAAGGUGCAGAAGAGCACCAAGGAGCUGGAGGACAUGAACCAGAAGCUGUUCGACCUGCGAGGCAAGUUCAAGCGGCCCCCGCUGAGAAGGGUGCGCAUGUCGGCCGACGCCAUGCUCAAGGCGCUGCUGGGCUCCAAGCACAAGGUGUGCAUGGACCUCAGGGCCAACCUCAAGCAGGUCAAGAAGGAGGAAACCGAGAAGGAGCGGGACCUGCGUGACGUGGGAGACUGGAGGAAGAACAUCGAGGAAAAGUCGGGCAUGGAGGGCCGCAAGAAGAUGUUCGAGUCCGAGUCCUAGGCCGCCGCCGCCCGCUCCCGCCCGAGGCCCUCCGAGCCGGGCUCAGCUCCUGUCAAUAAAGGAUUCCAAUCCCCCGA